GGUUUAGAUAAGCACUGGUCACAACGUAAUACGUAGCCGGGGCUCGGAGAUGUGGGGGCCGAAAAUGUGUUGAUCCUCCAGUCUUGGCAGCGAGCGAACAUGGUCCAGACAUGGCCGAACUUGCGCCCUAUGCUCUUCCAUCCACCAGCAUGUCAGAUAUAGACAUUGAGGCACAAAUACAUGGAAAGGUCACCAGGUACUGUCUUACCUCUACCGCUUUGAUAAUUACCAUUGGAAACAAGAAACCGCAGACAGUCCCCUUACACAAUGUCAUUGCAGCUUCCUACCAUCCUGAUGCGCGAUUGCUAAAAGUUGCAUACGUGCUCAGAAAGAAGAAAAAGGGCCCUUUGGAGUUAGUACACCUGGACGGUCAAGUUGAAGGAAGUAGAGCCGAAGCAGCAGGGAAAUUGGCAAAGACAAUGCUAGACUGGGCAUAUAAAGAUAUAAAACUUCACCGUCGACUGAAGGUGCUAAUCAAUCCGCACGGUGGCGUCGGCAAAGCAGUUGCUGUAUUCAAUAAGUUAGUUGAGCCAGUUCUUCGGACAGCGGGAUGUAGUCUCGAUGUUGUUUACACCAAAAAGACCGGAGAUGCAUAUGAAAUUGCGAAAUCUCUACCUCUUGGCGAGUUCGAUGCUCUACUUUCGGUCUCGGGAGACGGUUUGAUUCAUGAAGUCUUGAAUGGUUUUGCAAAUCACGCCUAUCCUCGUAAGGCUUUCCAAACACCAGUCGCACCUAUUCCGACUGGGUCUGGAAACGGGUUAUCCCUAAAUAUUCUUGGUAUCGAGGAUGGUUUUGACGUGGUCGCGGCAAGUUUGAACGCUAUAAAAGGUUCACCCAUGCCUGUCGACGUAUUCUCAAUCGUACAGAACGGGAAACAAACAGUCUCUUUCAUGUCUCAAGCUUUGGGACUCAUGGCUGAUUUAGACCUUGGUACCGAGGAUUUGCGCUGGAUGGGUGAUUCUCGUUUCAUGUAUGGUUUAUUCCGCGGCUUGAUCAAAUUUAAGUCAUGUAAUGUACAAUUAUCUUACAAAGUCGUUGAGCAGGACAAGAGAAAGAUGUUCGAUAAUUUCAAAUCUAGCCGGUCACAAACUAGCUCAGAGUCGAUCCCUCAAGAAAUUCAAGAUGCCGAUUCAUCACUUCCAAAGUCAAAAGUGAGCUUGGACGAGACUGAAGGAUGGACCAUUUUUUCGGAACCUCUCCUCUAUCUGUACGCUGGUAAAGGACCGUAUGUUGCAAGGGAUUUCAUGGCCUUCCCUGUAUCUCUACCCGAUGAUGGAUUGAUCGACAUCGUAGCUCAGUCCACUACAAAUUUCUCAAGGACAGACGUCCUCGCGUCGUUUGGGGGCGCUCCUAAGGGUGAAUUAUAUUGGAAUGACAGCUUGCACUACCUGAAGGCAGAAGCCUACCGCAUAAAACCUCUUUCCAAGAAGGGAUAUCUGUCCAUUGAUGGUGAAUCGUAUCCUUUUGAGGAGUUCCAGGUGGAAGUUCUUCCUCGGCUUGCAACGUUACUCAGCUCGUAUGGCUAUUACAACGCGCCUUUCGAUGAUGUUAAAGCUAGCAAACAGUAGGUACCAUAGUUACGCAGCCCGAUCUUAUAUACAAUGAAUGCAUAUACCCCUCAGCAUUGCAGUCAAUGUUAACUAUGAUAUAACUCUGAUUGCGCUCUCCGUUUCCAAUUGAAGCAUCAAG